UUUCUUUCUUAUUAAUCAUCAAACCUUCUAUUGUUUAUUUUUUUCCUCUGUUUUAGUUCCCUUUUUUUAUAUCUACACAUAUAAACAUUCAACAAAAAUCUAUAGUAAAUAUAAUCAACCAACAAUUGGAAGAAGAAAAAAUCAAACAAAAAAAAAGCCAAUCUCUUACAUAGUAAAUGGUGAAAAAUUAUUCUAAUCCAAAAGAGAGAACAGAUAAUCCAACACCAAAAUCAUAAUAUACUUUUAAGUGAAUUUAGUGUUUUCUUUUCUCUCUCCCUCUGUGUGUGUGGUUUCAUAUAUAAAUUAUAUUCCAAUUGAAACAUUACUUCAUCAUCAUCAUCAUCUUUUAUUUUAUUUUACUUAUUGUUUUAUAUAUUCUAUUCUCUUGGUAUCAUCAUCUCUCUCUCUCUCUCUUUCUCUUGUAUCCUUCUCUCUUUCUUUCUUUCUUUCUCUCUUUCUCUCUCUCUCUAUCCGACAAAAACAGAAAAAAAUAUGAGACCAACUCCACCACCAUAAAGGAUUGAUUGUUGAUGAUAUCCAUUAGUUUAACCUUUGUAAAAACCUUUCAAUGGUUUGUUGGUAAGCCUUUUUGUGAAUACCAUGUCUAAGACACUGGAAGACAACAAGGAUAAGGAUAAGGAUAAAUAUACAACAACUACAACUACCAACACAACUACUAUUACCACCAUCAAUUCAUCUAUUAAUACAACUGGAUCAACCAAUAAUAUUAUUAAUAACAACAAUAAUAUUACUACUUGUGGGUUGUUUGAGGAAGAAAUUGUUGAUGGAUUUGCAAUAUUCACCUUUCUUACUUACACUGAUUUAGAGGAAACUGUUAAAGAACAAGAAGCUCUUAUUGAGGAGAAAAACAUUGUCACAAAUAAUUCUACUAAGGAUAAUAAUAAUUCACAUUCAAAUAGUGGUAAAAGUAAAGAUAUUGAUAGAGUUAAUAGCAAUCAUACAAGUAAUAAGAAGACAACAUCAUCAUCUAAUUUAACUGGUAAAAGUGCCUCAUCAACAGUCGGUGUUGUUUCGAGAAAACGAAAUUCACCGAAAAAAUCAAAUUCAAAUAAAGAAUCAGCUACUAAUAAUGGUAAUACUCCUACAAAGGAGACUGGUAAAAAAUCAUCUACAUCAAUGGUGGGUAAAGGAUUAACAUCUAGUACUCAUUCAACCAACAACAAAUCAACCGGUAAAAAUAAGGACAAGGACAAGGAUAAAGAUAAAGACAAGGAAAAGGAUAAAGAUCAUUCUAAUCAUAAUAUUAAUCCUAAUAAUAAUCAUCAUCUUAAUAAUAGUAAUACAAAUAAUGGUAAAAACCAUAUGAGUUCAUCAACCGGUAACAAGGGACAUCAACAUCAACAUCAUAAUCACCAUCAACAGCAAUCACAACAACCUGUAACAUCAUCUGGUUUAUCAUCUUCAUCAUCAUCAUCAGCAUCAUCUACAUCAAGUGAUGGUGAUGGUAGUGAUGGUUUCUCGGUAAAUGGACCAAUUAAUGUUCAUCAUCACUUAAAUGAUGAUCAAAGUGACCACCAAUCUGCUGUUAUGAGUGAUAUUAUUGUUAAAGUAGGAGGAGGAGGUGGAGGUGGACGAAAAUCAAUUAAAGAACGGGAUGAAAGUGGCAAUUCAAGUACCAAUAGUAAAUCAAAUAGCUCAAAAGGUUCACAUGUCAAUAGUACAAGUAAAAGUGUUACCUUGAAGCAUGGAAAUCAUUCCAAAUCUAACAACACCACAAACACCACUUCAUCAUCAACAUCAACAUCAUCAACACCUUCUUCCACUGGGAAGAGUAAAUCGUCAAAUAAAAUUUGCCACGACAAAUCAUCCAAAAAUCAUGAAAAUCUAUCAUCAUCAUCAUCGUCAUCAUCUAGUAUUGUUACAUCAAUUGGCACAACGGGUCCAGGCAAACACAAGGAUAAAGGUUGUGAGGCUAGUCCAUCAUCAUCAUCAUCAUCAUCAACAACAGCAACAACAACGACUAAGGUGAAAAAGAGAUCAUCUCAGUCAUUGACCGAAGAUAAUCAUCAUCAAAAGGAAACUGUUAAAGAACAAGAAGCUCUUAUUGAGGAGAAAAACAUUGUCACAAAUAAUUCUACUAAGGAUAAUAAUAAUUCACAUUCAAAUAGUGGUAAAAGUAAAGAUAUUGAUAGAGUUAAUAGCAAUCAUACAAGUAAUAAGAAGACAACAUCAUCAUCUAAUUUAACUGGUAAAAGUGCCUCAUCAACAGUCGGUGUUGUUUCGAGAAAACGAAAUUCACCGAAAAAAUCAAAUUCAAAUAAAGAAUCAGCUACUAAUAAUGGUAAUACUCCUACAAAGGAGACUGGUAAAAAAUCAUCUACAUCAAUGGUGGGUAAAGGAUUAACAUCUAGUACUCAUUCAACCAACAACAAAUCAACCGGUAAAAAUAAGGACAAGGACAAGGAUAAAGACAAAGAUAAAGAUAAAGAUAAAGACAAGGAAAAGGAUAAAGAUCAUUCUAAUCAUAAUACUAAUCCUAAUAAUAAUCAUCAUCUUAAUAAUAAUAAUAAUACAAAUAAUGGUAAAAACCAUAUGAGUUCAUCAACCGGUAACAAGGGACAUCAACAUCAACAUCAUAAUCACCAUCAACAGCAAUCACAACAACCUGUAACAUCAUCUGGUUUAUCAUCUUCAUCAUCAUCAUCAGCAUCAUCUACAUCAAGUGAUGGUGAUGGUAGUGUAAACGAUGGUUUCUCGGUAAAUGGACCAAUUAAUGUUCAUCAUCACUUAAAUGAUGAUCAAAGUGACCACCAAUCUGCUGUUAUGAGUGAUAUUAUUGUUAAAGUAGGAGGAGGAGGUGGAGGUGGACGAAAAUCAAUUAAAGAACGGGAUGAAAGUGGCAAUUCAAGUACCAAUAGUAAAUCAAAUAGCUCAAAAGGUUCACAUGUCAAUAGUACAAGUAAAAGUGUUACCUUGAAGCAUGGAAAUCAUUCCAAAUCUAACAACACCACAAACACCACACCUUCAUCAUCAUCAACAUCAACACCUUCUUCCACUGGGAAGAGUAAAUCGUCAAAUAAAAUUUGCCACGACAAAUCAUCCAAAAAUCAUGAAAAUCUAUCAUCAUCAUCAUCAUCGUCAUCAUCUAGUAUUGUUACAUCAAUUGGCACAACGGGUCCAGGCAAACACAAGGAUAAAGGUUGUGAGGCUAGUCCAUCAUCAUCAUCAUCAUCAACAACAACAGCAACAACAACGACUAAGGUGAAAAAGAGAUCAUCUCAGUCAUUGACCGAAGAUAAUCAUCAUCAAAAGAAACAAGGGAAAGUUUUACCUGUCAAAACGUCGUCAACCGUUAAUUCCAAAAAUUCCUCCUCAUCCUCAUCCUCAUCCUCUCCUUCAACAUCAUCAACAACAUCAUCAUCCAGCUCGUUAACAACAACAACAGCUCCAGUUACAUGUUCAUCGAUAACUUCAACUUCAACAACUACACCGAUUACCAGUUCAAUCAGUAUUCAUGUUGGUGGUGAAGAUACAAGUGAAAGUAGUGAUACCAAAAGUUGUAAUAAAGGUACAAAGGAUAAGAAAAAUAAAUUAGAUCACAAUUUAAUUAAAUCAACCAGUAAAACCAGUAAAUUAUCAUCUAAAUUAUCAACAACAACAACAACAACAACACCACCGGAGACUACAAUUAAAUCAUGUAUCGUAAUGGGAUUACUUUGUGAAAAUGGUUCUGGAAAUAUUGAGAAAAAAUUAACUAACAAAUCAAAUCAAUCUGAUAAUCACAAUUUAUCAUCAACAUUAACAAGUCAACCUCCUCCAUCUAAACGUAGGCGAACCACAUCAUCAACCAGUAAUAGUGACCAGGCAACAAUUAAUAAACAACUUCAUCGAGAUGAUAAUUGUCAUAAAUCAACAUCUAAAUGCCAAUCAAAUCAAGAAGAAAAGUGUGAUCGUGUAAAUAGUAAUAGUAAACAUAAUAGUAAUAGUAGUAAUAAUAAUAAUAACAAUUCUAAUUCAAAUAAUAUUAAUAGUAAUUCGAGUAAUAGUGUUGACAAUAAUAGUAAUGCACCUUCCCCACCAUCGACUAUCUCAAACAGUAUUGAAAUUAAAGGGAUUGGAGGCGGUGAUGAUAUUAAAUCAACUGAUAUUCAAUCAAAUUUUAAAUUAGAUUCAUUGUAUCCCAGUAAGACGACAUCAUCUUUGUCACCAUCAACAACAACCACAACAAACACUAGCCUGGUGAUAACGACAACAACAACCACAGGAACGACCACAUCUUCAUCUUCAGUAAAUGCAUUGAGUAUGUUUACACCAUCAAUGCAUAUGAAUAUCGCUGCAUCAUCAGCUGAAGAUGGACCAAAAUCUCCUUCAUCACCUUCAUCUACCUCAACAACAACCACAUCCCUAGUUCCAUGUACCAUGGUUAAUCCAACUGAGAUGACAAUAUCACCAACAACAUCAACAUUAACGACAACAACAACAACAACAACAAUUAUCCGUUGUAAGAGUAAUCAAAAUGAACGAGGAGAUAAUCAUAGUAGCAAAGAUGAAAUUGAUACUAAAAAUAUUGUUAAUAGUAUUAUAAUUAAAGAAGAGAUUGGAUCUAAUCAAUCAAAUGAAUGCAAUAAUACCAUUGAUGGUACUACAAGUGGUGUAUCAUCAUCUUUAUCACCACAAGCAACCUGUAAAUUAGAGGAUGAUAAUAUUAUGGAUACAAGUACAACAAUUUUACCUGUACCUUCAACCUCACGGUCAACAUCAUCAUCACCAAUCAAAGAUGAAACCAAAUGUACUUCAAUCAUUGGAUUAACAUGUUCAAAUGCAUCUGACCUUAAUGAUACAACAACAACAACAAUGAAGAUAAUCUCUGGGCAAGGACGUCGAGUCUCAUCAUCGUCAUCAUCUUCUUCAUCCUUGUCAUCAUUAAUCGUUGCCUCUUCAACAACACCACCAACAACAACAACUACAACCACAACUUUAACAACAAUUUCAACAUCAUCUAAUUCAUCUUCGUCAUCAUCUUCCUCUAAAAGUCGUCGUCAAACAACAUCAUCAUCAUCAUCUUCAUCAUCAUCAACAACAACAACUUCAACCCUUGGUGUUGAUCAAUUGACAAAAUGUAAUUUAAAUACCGCUGAUUAUAAAAAAUGUGAUCGUGUAAAUAAUUCAAACAUAAAUUGUGCCAGUAAUAACAAUAACAGUAGCAGUAAUAUUAUUAAUAAUAGUAGCACAAUGUUAACAACAACAACAUCAAAUUCAUCGUCAACUUCAUCAACUAAAUCUGCUGAAGCUGCGAUUAGCUUUAAAUUGGAUAAUCUUUUAAGCGGUGUACCAACACCCAAAUCUCCUUUCUGUGUACGAAGUCCCAAUUCAAAUCUGCUUACCGGUUUAACAUCAACAUCCCAACCAACCUCAGCCUUGACAACUAAUGUCUUCAGUAUGUUUACACCUCCAAUCCAUCUUACAUCUUCAUCAUUCCAGAAACCUGGUCGUUGGAACGCCAUGCAUGUAAGAAUAGCCUGGGAGAUAUUACGUCAUCAGAAAGCAUCUCAUGGUGAUAAAUCACUGACAAGUUCAUCAUUAUCAUCAACCACAACGUCAACAUCUUCCACUUUCCGUUUAUCCUCACCGCUUGUCUCUACAUCUUCCUCGUCUUCAUCAAGUUCAUCCUUGAUCCCUGCAUCACCUUCAAUAUCCUCAUUUGGUAAAAAUAGUCAAUUACCCGAUGAUUUAAUUAGACCACCAACCAACAAUAUCUUUGGCAACCUGAUGCCACCUUCACCUCAUCCCCAUCAACCACCACAUUCAAGACCAGGAGAUAUUUCAUCUUUCUCCGCAUCUCUUAUGAACGCUGCUUCCGGUGGACUUAACAACCGUUCCUCUUUAGAUCCAACCAGCCUUUGGAAUGGAUCACCUUUCGGUCUAGGCGGUCCAUUGGGUCCACCACAGCCUCAUAAUCCUUUCUCAGUGGUACCACCUCAUUCAUCAACAGCCUCCUCCGGAUCAACAUUACCACCUCCAUUACCCUCUUCAGUAUCUUCCGCUCUCUCGUCGGCAUCAUAUUCCGUCUCCACUCCGUCAAUAGUUGGUCCAAUACCUUCCUUGGGUAAACCAAGUGGAAACGGUUCAUUACCCAGUGAUAUUUUACGACCUGCAAGCUCACUAUUUUCCCUUCCACCGCGUCCCGGUGAUAUGUCACCCUUUUCAACCUCUCUGUUGAGCGCUGCCGCUGGUCAUGUACUUGGACCUAGACAAGGACUAGAUGCUUGGAAUGGUCCAUUUGCACCAGGAUCAAUGUCCGCUGCUGCUGCUCAUAACUUCCUACGUUCCGGUUUACCUGGUUUUCCAGGAUUUCCAGGUUUUAAUAGCCUUGGACUACCUGGUCCAAUACCGACAUCUUCAGCUUCCGGUGGUCUUGGUUCAAGUUUAUUUCCAUCCUUAGUCCCACCUCCCCCAUCAUCUUCAGCAUCUCUUGUAUCAAGAGAUGGUCAUAAUCGUGAUAUAACAAACUUACCAGGCCUUGGUGGUCACCCUGACCCAUGGUUAACCAGUAAUGGACGACCUGGGUCUGCUUUGUUUCCUGGUCUUUUAGGUGGUCCACCACCACCACCUCAACCACACCCUCAAUCAACACCUUCAUCAAUUUCAUCAGCCUGGGGAGGUCUUAAAGCUGAAGCAGAACGAUCUGAACUUGAUCGAAGGAAAGAAAGUCGAAGUACUUCUAGACUUGAUUCACGAUCAAAAGAUGAAAAUAAAAGUGAUCAUCAUUCUCAUCAUCACCAUCAUAGAAGUAGUUCCUCUAAAUCAUCAUCUCAAAAUGGUGAAACUGAAUCAUCUCAUCGUCGUGAUUGGGAUAAAGCUUAUAAUUCAAAUAAUAAACGAGAAUAUUCAAGAUCACCGAGCGUUAGUAGUGGUUCAAGUGGAUCUAAAAUGAUGAAAACAAGUUCCAGUGCCUUUAACGAUAGACAACUAAUUAAUGAUCUUAAGGCCAAAGAUGAUCGAAAUAAAGAAAUGAUAAACAAUUAUAACAAGUAUUAUGAACGAAAUCAUAAACAUUCAUCGAAUGAUCAUUCACAUCGUGACCAGAAAACAUCAAAUAACAAUAACCUUUUACCCGGUUCUUUGGGCAUCUUGGGCAGUUCCAAUUCGGGAUCUUCAUAUUCUGGUGCCUCAUUACCACCGCCUCCACCGCCACCAUUACCACCUCAUUCAGGUGUAGGUACAAUGGGUCACAGUUUAUCUUCACCAUCAUCAUCGGCAGCAGCAUCACUUGCAUCACUUAACCUUCACAUGAGCGGUAAUCCAAUGGAUCAUCGUGCUCACCUGAUGGGUCUAUUCGGCCUUACACCUGGACCACCACCACCACCCACUCCACCUCCCUCUUUGUGUCAUACUGUCCCCCGUUCACCCCAUGGACUUCCCGGUCCUCCAUCUUUACAUCCACCGGCAUCUGUACUACCUCCUCCUGGUCUUCCGCCCGAUUUUGGUAAAUCUUUCUGGUCACCCUUUUUCCCGACUCACCCUGGUUUUCAUGAUUUUUCACCGAGAAAUGAGUUCCUUGAAAGGGAACACCUUCUCCAAAGGUACAAUAUACUUAAUUCCUCCGGUGGAGGAGCUCCGUUAACAGAGAAACUUGCCAAAGAGGGUCCACUCCAUGCAAUGUUAGAGAAAGAAUCUCGAGAAAAGGAAGCCGCUUUUGCCGCUGCCAUGGAUAAAAGUCGACUUUCCAAUUCUUCAUCAACAUCCUCAUCAUCUUCAGUAUCCUCAAUAAAUGCUCAUCAUUCUCACCACCUUAGACCUGGUGAAUCAACUUUACCACCAUCACUUGUUCCUCCACACCCUCAUGCCUCCAUGGUUUCACCUUUUGGUCCAGGUCAAUUGGCUCAUGGAGCUGGUAGUCUAAUUGGCCUUGGACCACCUUUACCACCACCUCCUCCACCACAUUCAUCAUCUUCUCAUCAUUCUGUACAUCAUCAUCCUCACUCACAUUAUUCACCAGUUUCAACCUCAGGUUCAGUUUCAUCUUCAGCCUCAUCUGUAGUCGCCGCAGCCGCUGCAAUGAUGUUCCCUCCCAAUCCAUAUCUAAACAGUUUACAUUCACUUUCCGCUUCCGCUGGUUCAAAUGUUCGUACCGAUCUUAAUACCGUUAAAUCAACAUCUUCAGGAUCUUCACUAUCAACCUCAGUAACAAUGAGUAAACAUCAAUCAAUUCAUCAUAUGCCACAACCACCGCCACCAUUUAAUGGUUUAUCUGGUCCACCCUCACUGAUGCCACCGUUAAUUAACAAUAAAUUAUCAUCAAUUGAAACCUCACCAUUUGAAAUGAAUUGUAUAAACAGAGCAGCAACAAUAUCAUCAAUGUCUAACCCAUCAACACCUUCAGCGAGUGGAAUGAGUUAUCCAGAUUUCAAAGAAUCUAAAUCAAGAUGAUAAACAAAUUAACGAGGGAGAGAUAAUAACGAUGCCAGGUAAUGAUGAUAGUGAUGAUUAGUAUUGUAAAUGCCUAACAGUUUAAAUUGAUGAUUGUUGAUAAUCACUAAUUUUCAUCCAUCAAUCAACACCCAAGGAAAAGAUGAAAUUUUUUGGCAUCAUUAACAUGAAUUAUUUAUAUCCUUCAAUUGUGAAAAGUUUGAUGUGGAAACAAAUCAACUUACACUCAAACAAUCAAUUGUCAAACAAAUUCCAUAAGACUUUUCCAUCUUCUCAUCAAACAAAACUAAAUUAACGAGAUAAUUAACUGAAUCAACUGAUCAAUCAUUAAAUUAGCUAUAUAAAUAUUAUGUAUGUAAUGUAAAUAUAAAUAAUGAUAAUAAUAAUACUUACUAUUAUUAUAUAUUGCAUUUGCUAUAUUGCUAUCAUGUACAUAUAUUAUAUUAUUAUUAUUAUUAUUAUAUUAAUUGUUACAACAAUCAAGAAACUUAUAUGAAUUGAAACAAUUGUAUGAAUACUUUGAGCAACAAUUACCAACACCAGUAGCAUUGAGAUUUACAUGCAAACGAAGGAUUUGAUUUAAUGGAAGAUAAAUGAAGCGCAACAUUGAAAGGAAUCAAGAAUAAUUAAAUUGUAAAAGCAGCUUAACAUUCACAAAUCAUUAACCUUAAUCAAUUGGAACAAUUUAUUUGUGGUCGAUAUUUGUAUAUUCAAAAUGGCAAAAACAUUACGCAAGAGGAAGUACAGGAUAUGGACGCUUUUUACUUAUCAUCUUUAUCAUCAUCAUCUCGUUUAACUCAACUCGCUCUCUCUCUUACUCCCCUGAAUAUAUGUGUAUAUAAAUGUUUAAUUGCUAAUAUCUCUUGACGAUUGUAAUUGAAACUAUUCUGUCUCUCUCUCUCUCUCUCCCUCUCCUCAUAAUCAUCUCUCUUUAACAAUGACUGACCAUGUAUUUCAUAUGAUAUAUUUAUAUGGAUGAAAACAAUUGGAUGCUAAAUGAUGAUGGUCAAGACACUGAACAAUUGGCUAUUUUAAAUGAAAUGAGAUUGUUAAUCAAAGUGUAAUCGAAUGAGAUAAUCAUAGUAUAAGCAGAAUGAAAUUGAUACCAAGAAUAUUUGUAAAUAAUGUUAUAAUUGUAAAGAAAAGAUUGGAUCUAAUCAAUUAGAUGAAUGCAAUAACACCAUAGGAUAAUUAUGGUUGUAGACAAGGGUCAUCAUUAUGUUCAACCAAACUUUAACAUGGUCAUUAUCAUCAUCUCAUCACCAUGUUCAACAAAACGAUCAACACCAUCAAAAAUGAAUGUUACAAAUGGAUCUGAAAUUAUAACGGUACAACAACAACAACAACAAUAAUAACAUUCAAUCAUUUAACAGUCUUUUCAUCAUCAUCUUCAUCAUCUUUCCUCAACCUACUUUGCAUCUCAUUAAUAUAUAUAAAUAAAUAUAUGAUACUCUUCAUUACAUAUAUAUAAUUUUUAAUUAGCAUCCUCCCAAUCCAAUGUAUCUCCCGAUUGUCAUCAUCUUCCACCUCCCAUGUCACCCAUGAUCACAAUUAUCUCUCACUCACAAAACCACAAAACCACACACACAAACACACAAACAUUUUAAUUAACUCGUUGUUUUAUCUAGUUCAAGGUCUUUUUAUUUAUUAUCAAUGUGAUUAUCUGGGAGAUGAUAUCAAUAAUAACUAAUAAUAAUGCAACAGAAAAUCAA